AUGUCUUUGGAGGCCAUACUGGAGGAGGAGCGAAGAGAGGUUUUAGCACUGUUGGAAGCGACCAGAGCAACCCCAAGGCAGCGAUCCAGAGGCUCUUCGGCCUCUGCAGCAUCAGGACAAGCACUUCCCCCCCGGGCGAACCCUCGAUCUCCGGUGAAAAGCAUGCUCGACAUUGAAGAUGAUUGGAGCCCCUGGCAUUCUCCGAUGCGUGGAAUAAACGGCGGGAUUACGAGUUCACGGCCUUCGGCACCCAUUCGCAGUAUGCUCGACGUGAGCGGUUCACAACCAGCGGCAGUGGCAUCGAUAAGGAGUAGGCAGGCGUCACCAAUGUCAGCAAAUCACAGAGCAGCUAUAGCGCCGAACACGCAACACAGAAGUCUAUCCGAUGCGGCCUCCCGUCCAGCAGCGAAUUUCGGUCCAAGGGCACGGGGUUUGAACCCUGCGUCCGCGUAUCAGUUUUCUGGAUUUUUGUUAAACAACCCUGGAGAUCCCGUUGUGCCCAAGCCUAACACUCAAGCUGGAAAGAAGAAGAUCUCUCCGAAGGCGAUGGCGGAGGCAAUGAGAGGAGAACUGAGUUCUUUCGUAGCCCGUGACAGAGAAAAGAGGCACUCCAUUGCAGGCACGGAAAUCAGCAGCACCGCAAAUUCCAAAUCGCCACAGAACCGUCUAGUGCGGCGUUCCAGUUCUCCCCUGUCGAGAAUGCUAAAUUCGGACUCAAGCAGAUUUGUACUGAAUGAUGGCAGAGUCAUCGAUAUGACCAGCGCCUAUCAACGUUUAUCGGAUGCAAAACUUGCUCUAUCAGCGGGUGAUCUUUCAUCCCUGCCUGAGAAAACUCGACGGCGGCGAACAGACAGUGCAAAUGCCAUUGGCCUGCAGGGUGCUAGGCUGGAGCAGGAUCACACUCCGCCUGAGGGAGAAGAUGCCAUGGUGGAUAGUAGUGAUGGUGAGGACCGAAGCUCAGAUGAUGAGCGGCAGCGAGGAAGAAGGAAGGAAGGAAGAGAUACUGACGUCGACGCUGCCGAUGCUGAGAGCAAGACCGUCGGCACGGAUCAAGCAAAGGACUUAAGGUCGGCCUUGAUCCUGACGACCACACCUGAAACGGACCAUCAGGGGCUUCCUGCUCAAAGAAUCGAGAAAUACAAAGUUCGUUCUCUAUUGGAGCCCGAGAUUACAAUUACGGGACCUCCAGGAGACAAGCUGAAAUCAUCCAAACCUGGAGUCCAUCCUAUCACAAGCUUUGAUGAGGGGGCUUCUGAUCUUAAUACACUAGUAGAUUCAGAUGCCGAAGCUGAUCUUACAGAUAUCAAACGUGCCCAAAAGCUUUCAGUCAACAUGACCUCUAUCGUAUCUACCCCAGCCACUAGCCGCUCCGUGAGGACCAUUUACCGCGGCGAUUUUGCAAAAAUGCAACAAGAAGCCCGCGAUAAUCAACGUAGAGUCAGGAAAUAUCUGGUAGCAACAGAUCUCAGCGAUGAGGCUGCCCAUGCUUUGGAAUGGACAGUUGGAACUGUCCUGCGCGAUGGGGAUACUCUACUUGCUAUCUACUGCGUUGAUGAGGAGCUUGGGAUUGUCCCUAACGAAGCAAGCGGGGACGAUUCCCAACUUAAAGAGCAGGCUGCCGCGAUCGCAGCGUCAGCAAGACCCCUUAACACUACACCCGUGCUUGCUCCAGCCCUAACAUCAACUCCGUCAUGUGCUGGCUUCAGAUUGGAAUCUCAUAGUACCAGUACGAGCCCACAGGGGAGGGAAAGAGACAAGGCUGAACAGGAGCGCCACAGAGCUGUACAGGACAUCACCGAUAGAGUGUCGAGAUUGCUAAGGAAGACCAAGCUGCAGGUCAAGGUUGUGAUUGAGGUCAUACAUUGCAAGAGCCCGAAGCAUUUGAUAACAGAGGUCAUCGAUUAUAUUAGCCCUACCCUAGUGAUUCUAGGGAGCAGGGGACGGAGUGCUCUCAAAGGCGUCAUUCUAGGCUCCUUCUCCAAUUAUCUUGUCACCAAAUCCUCAGUUCCUGUCAUGGUAGCCCGCAAACGUCUCCGCAAGCACAGCAAGUACAAGCGCCCCUCAAUCAGAUUGGCCAACAAUCUUGAAAACCCGGCUGUGAGGAGUCUGGCAUCCGCCAAGAUUGACUGA